AUGUCGGCGCAGAGUGCAUUACUCAAAGUUGCUAUCCCUCUCGGGGCAGCUCUCGUUGUUGGACGCGCCAGCAUCUAUGAUGUCCCUGGUGGCUAUAGAGCUGUGAUGUUUGACCGCUUCUCCGGUGUGCAAGACAAGGCCACAAGUGAGGGCACCCACUUCUUGAUACCGUGGCUACAGCGGGCUAUUCUAUAUGACUGUCGCAUCAAGCCACGGAAUAUUUCUACGACCACUGGGUCUAAGGACCUGCAAAUGGUCUCUAUUACUCUUCGAGUCCUGUCCCGUCCCGACGUUUCCCAUCUUCCAAAAAUCUACCAAAGUCUCGGCAUGGAUUAUGACGAGCGUGUCUUGCCUUCGAUUGGAAACGAAGUGUUGAAAAGCAUUGUAGCCCAAUUCGACGCGGCGGAGCUCAUUACACAGCGUGAAGUCGUGUCGUCAAGAAUCCGAGCUGAUUUACUUCACCGUGCUGGAGAGUUCAAUAUCAAGUUGGAGGAUGUUUCAAUUACGCACCUGACGUUCGGAAAGGAAUUCACGCAAGCUGUUGAGGCCAAACAGAUUGCACAACAAGACGCGGAACGAGCCAAGUUCAUCGUCGAAAAGGCAGAACAAGAACGACAAGCGGCCGUUAUUCGAGCAGAGGGUGAGGCUGAAGCUGCUGCCACUAUUUCUAAAGCAUUGGAACGGGCUGGGGAGGCAUUUGUGGCAUUCCGAAAGAUUGAGGCGGCAAAAGCCAUUGUUCAAUCACUGUCGAGUAACCCGGGGAUCUCUUAUGUUCCUGCUAGCUCUGGUAAUUUGUUGUUACAACAUCUCAUUUCCCUUCCUAUUUCCAGUCCAAACAUGAAUAUGAUGAGUGUGGCUGAGGCUCCGAGACGAGCUCAUCUUUAUGUCGGGAACUUGAGUCCUCGAGUGACUGAGUACAUGCUCACCGAGAUUUUCGCUGUCGCUGGCCCAGUCCAGCAUGUAAAAAUCAUUCCCGACCGCAACUACCAGCAUGGAGGCCUCAACUACGGUUUCGUCGAGUACAUGGACAUGCGUGCAGCAGAAACUGCCCUCCAGACCUUGAAUGGCCGCAAAAUCUUCGAUACUGAGAUCCGCGUCAACUGGGCGUACCAAGGCCAGCAAAACAAGGAAGAUACUACUGGUCAUUACCACGUUUUCGUCGGCGAUUUGAGCCCUGAGGUCAAUGACGAAGUUCUUGGCAAGGCUUUUAGUGCGUUCGGCACUAUGUCCGAUGCUCGAGUUAUGUGGGAUAUGAACUCUGGCAAGUCCCGUGGCUAUGGAUUCCUUGCUUUCCGCGACAAGACGGAUGCUGAGCAGGCUAUUGCGACGAUGAAUGGUGAAUGGCUCGGAUCACGUGCCAUCCGUGUCAACUGGGCCAACCAGAAAACUCAAGGUGGAGGAACUACGGGUUCACCCAUGCCCCCAAUGCCUGCUGCAGCUCCUGCUAGACCGGCCGGAACCGGAAUGGCCUCUCCGAUGGGAAUGGGUGGCGGUGCUCCGGCUGCUGCCCCCAUGAAUUUCCAAGGCGGACCCAUGUCCUACGAAGCGACUCUGUCGCAAACUCCUGCCUAUAACAGCACUGUCUAUGUCGGAAACUUGGUACCCUACUGCACCCAGGCCGACCUUAUUCCCUUGUUCCAAUCCAUCGGCUACUUGUCCGAAAUUCGCAUGCAGGCUGAUCGUGGUUUCGCUUUCGUCAAACUCGACACUCACGAGCACGCUGCUCAGGCCAUCGUACAAUUGCAAGGCCAGAAUGUCCACGGUCGUCCUAUCAAGUGUAGCUGGGGCAAAGAUAGAAACGAUGGUACUGGAGGCCAACCCAUGAGUCCUGCAACCAACGCCAACCCCUACGGAAAUCUUCCCAUGUAUGGCAUGCCACAGGCAGCUUCCUACGGGCAAUAUGGUUUUGGCGCUUACCCCGGUUUCAAUCAAGCUGGUGGCGCUGGAGUUCCUGGUUCGCCUGGUAUGCCUCAGCCAGCGGGCGCUGCUGGUCUUGGUUUGGGAGCUGGUGCUGGCCAACCUUCUACUGAUCCGAACGCACUCGCUGGUCAAGCCGGCCAGGCCCAAUGGGGUGCCGAUCCUAACUCGUAUUAUUCCAAUUACUGGGGUGGCUAUUAUGGCCAGCAACAAGGCGCAGAGGCUCAAAUGCAAGGUCCUUAA